GAAGGGCGGGAGGGGGGGAGGGAAAAAAGGGCCGGUCCCUUCUUAUGUCGCGGCGGCGGCGGCAGCAGCAGCAGCAGCAGCACCAGCGCUGAGGGGAUGGCACAGAGCCGGGCCUAGCGAGGCAGCUGCCGCCAUGAGCGGAGUAGCGGUUGGCGGCCAGGGAAGGAGCGACGGCGGAGGAGGAGGAGGCGGCGGCGGCGGCGACUCUGCAGGCCGCUGGGCUGGCUGGAAACUGCUGGCCUUGGGCCUCCUCUCCGCGUCCUCGGUGCUGGCGGCAGCCCCGGCCGCGCAGGCCAUGGGCAGGGAGGAGAAGCGGCGCCUCGGGUAAGAGCGGCGGCGGCGGGAGGGAGCGGGGGCCCCGCCUUGUUCCGCCCCCGGGCAGGCCGCCCUGUCAGGGAAGAAGUGGCGGCGCUUUCUUCGCUUGUCACCCAAGCCUUCCUGCCGAGGUUGGGAGGAAAAGCGAGGCCCGAGCCCGGCUUCUCCUUAUGGUUCUUUCAGCGGCUAUUAGGGUUGGGAAGGGACCCCGAGGGUCAUCUAGCCCAACCCCCCUGCAACGCAGGAAUCUCAAGUCGUUCUUGGCAGGCGGCCAUUCAACCCUUAAAAACGUCCGAGGAAGGAGAGAACCUGCGUCAAACGAGUCUCUGUGUUCAUGGGUCUCGUAGUUCGUGAAAAAAGGGGUGGGAGCAUGUCAGACGAACCUGACAUGGUUUGCUUUCGUUCUUAGAAUCAUAGUUGGGAAGGAAGGGGUCCCAAGGGUCAUCUAGCCCAACCCCCCAGCAACUCAGGAAUCUCAACUCAAGUUGUUCCUGGCAGGCGGCCAUCCAACCCUUGCUUAAAAACCUCAAGGAAGGAGAGAACCUGCGUCAAACGAGUCUCCGUGUUCAUGGGUCUCGUAGUCUGUGAAAAGGUGGGGGGGAACACGUCAGACGAACCUGACAUGGUUUGCUUUCAUUCUUAGAAUCGUAGUUGGGAAGGAAGGGGUCCCAAGGGUCAUCUAGCCCAACCCCCUGGGCUUUGACCCAGCAUGGGACUUGAACCCACGACCCUCGUCUCCACGCUUUACUGAGGAAUAAUAAUAAUAAUAAGUGUGUCACUAAGAAAGAGCAGGCUGCAAGAUAAAGCAAGGUGUGUUGAGAAGAGGGCCAAGGAAGUGUUGUAAAGAAAGCCCCCUCAUCUUGGUAGCCUGUAAACGUGUUUUAUUAGUCUUUGGUCACUUCUCUUCCUCCUCUCAGCCUCUCUUUUCUCCUCUCUGCCUGGUCGCCUUGAGGGAGUUCCUGUUUGUUAUAGGUGACUAGGCCAGUAAGUAUUCAGAAGUCUGAGAUAAUAGGGUUUCUCUCAAGUCAAGAGUGGCAGGUCUGUGUGUCUUGAUCUCCACCAAAACCACCCAUUUUAUAAAUAAAGGUUAUUCUCCAGGUACAACUCAGAGUUGGGUGGUGGUGCAAGGAAGCUUUCCUCUUACGACUUUUCUAUUUCAUUAUGCAAAAUUCUCCAGAGGUGAACAGUCUACUCAGACUAUAAGUACUUUGUGACUCUCCUGCUACUUGGUUUUGCUUGGUUUUUUUUGGAGGAGUGAGCACUUGCUCAUUUGUCUAUAUAUCUCCAUAGGCAUAUACUGUACAAGAGUUGAGGCUUAGCUUACAGUAGACAGCUACACAUGCUUGAGCUGAAAGUUCAUGAAAAGUAAGUUAGCAUUUCCAAGGGGAGUGAAGGUCUAAUCUUGAGUGAAGUAUCUGUUGUUAGCUAUUUGAGGCUCAUCCUGGUGGGUUACUGUGGGAAAUAGGAGUAUAUGGACCUUUGGUCUGAUUUAGCAAAUCAUGAACCCCAUGAACUGGGGUUUUCCUGUUUCGUAGCCUGGUCUGCUAGAGCAGUACAGCUGGCUAAGCAGCCAAGUUGGCAGCUGGUAUGAAAAGUGUCAUCCAGCUGAUAGAGAUAAAAAGCAUUUAUUGCUCCUGUAAAAUGCAAUUCUGUGUAUGUUUACUUGGAAGUAAACCUCAUGCUUCAGUGAAACUUGCUCUGAAGUAAGUACAUAAGAUAGCAGCCUAAAUCUUACACCAAUUUGGGAGUGCAUCUCAUUGAUUUCAUGGGACUUCCUUCUGAGUAAACAUGCAUAUGAUCAGGGUAUAAAAGGUAAAAGUACCCCUGCCCGUACGGGCCAGUCUUGACAGACUCUAGGGUUGUGCGCGCAUCUCACUCUAGAGGCCGGGAGCCAGCGCUGUCCGCAGACACUUCCGUGUCACGUGGCCAGCGUGACGAAGCUGCUCUGGCAAACCGGCACCAGAGCAGCACACGGAAACGCCGUUUACCUUCCUGCUAUAAAGCGGUACCUAUUUAUCUACUUGCACUUAAGGGUGCUUUCGAACUGCUAGGUGGGCAGGAGCUGGGACCGAACGACAGGAGCUCAUCCCGCCGCAGGGAUUCGAACCGCCGACCAUGCGAUCGGCAAGUCCUAGGCACUGAGGUUUUACCCACAGCGCCACCCGCGUCCCUUGAUCAGGGUAUAGAAUUGGUUAAAAUGAUGCUUGGAGAAAUACACAGCAGCGGUGCCCUAUUGAAGUAAUGAAUUGUCCAUAAAUUGAACAAUGAUUGCUGACAAGGUGAAUUAUUAAAAUAAAGGAAUAAAAGCUCAUAUAUGAAAUUUCUUGCUCCAAAUUGUUUUUAUAUUUUAUUUGGUGUUUAUAUAUUUUAAUUUAUUGUUCAAGGUGAGGAAGGGGGCAAGACAGAUACUUAAAGAAAGGGCUUGUGAUGCUGCACGUGAUCAUGUCAGGAUUGCGAAGGGACACAAAGAGCAGAGCUACGAAUGUUUUCUGUUUCCUGCAUUUUCUUUAAAACAUGCUGUGAAAGCAAAGGAGGUAAAGGUGGAAGCACUGACAAUAACCUGUGGGGUUUUUCUGAGACUGUCAGUGUGAAAUAUGCCAUCCAUCACACUUCCUACCUUGGACAAGUUAAGCAAAUAUUCAGUGUUGGUUCAUUAUUUGUGGCUACUGUUCGCAACAGACUUUCCCAACAUGUGCCGUUCUGAAAAAUAGCUAGGGCAAAAUGGUUUUGCUUCUAGUACUUCUUCUUAGGUACAGGGCAUAGGAAGAUGAAAUGGAUUAAAAUGACAUGCCUAUUGAAAUUCUUGUGAUGGUCAUCACUGGGAAAUAAAAGCCAUGUGAAUAAGUUGGGCUGGAUCUAGAUACGUCAAAGAAGUGAGUCAGUUAAAUGCUUUGUAAGCCCAUAUAGUGGUACAUUGGAUUAAGUACUUAAUUCGUUUUGGAGGUCCGUACUUAACCUGAAACUGUUCUUAACCUGAAGCACUACUUUAUCUAAUGGGGCCUCCUGCUGCUGCCGCGCCGCCGGAGCACGAUUUCUGUUCUCAUCCUGAAGCAAAGUUCUUAACCUGAAGCACUAUUUCUGGGUUAGCGGAGUGUGUAACCUGAAGCGUAUGUAACCCGAGGUACCACUGUACAGGGAAAUCUGGUAGGGAAAGACAGGACUCCACAGCGCCAUCUGGUGUCACAGUGUUAUAUUGCAUAUACAACACAUAUAAAAUGCUUUUUCUUUACCAAUCUGGCUGAGUCCCUGGAGGGCCCAAGAAGCUAUGCUAAUCAGUCCAAGUGGGGCUGCACCAUCCCAUUUUCAGACUUACCAUUUCACUUAUGCCUUCUUUAGUAAUUAGAGGAAAUAAGAAUCUUUUCCUACAUUUUGCAAGCCGUAUUUUCAGUUCUGCCAACCGUCCCCAACCUAGUUCCCUUUAGAAGUUUAGAUAUUCUGAACCACAACUGCUAUCAUCCCUAUCAUUUGCUUUGCUGGGUUUUAGCUGAAUAUACUUUGUCUUUUACAAUACAUUGCAGCUUUAGGUAGUAUUGUUUUCCUUUAUAUCCCGAACUGACAAAUUAUGACUGAUAAGAGUCUAAGUAUCUUGUUUACUACAUGUUGACAGUCUUUUAAAAGCUCUUGGUGCAGUGGUCGCUCCAUCAUCCUCCCUUGGUGCAGUGGUUUGCCUCCAUCAUCCUCCCUACGGAGGUCUAUAGGAGCAACAGUUCCGGAGGCAGAAAGCGACAGGCAGUGCCACAAACCUGGUAUGGUUGAAAGUAAGAAAGGCAGGCAAAUGAGGGUGGACUGAGGACAGUGCUCUGCUUGACCUAAAUGUGAUGAAUUGUUUCUGUUUAAACCUCAUGGUCAGAGAAGGUUUUACUUCACCAGCUAAAUCAUUUUCGCUUUUGUCUCUUCUGUAGGAAUCAAGUAGUGGAAAUGUUUGAUCAUGCCUAUAGUAAUUACAUGGUGAGUAAAAUGACUAUAUGUACUUUUAAAUAACUGCUUCCUUCUACCUUGACUCAGUGUAUCACAUAUCACGUUAAGCCAUAGCUUAAAACAAACUAUCAUAUCUGUGGUUGAGCAGCGUUCUGGUCCAUGGUGCUCCAAAGUUCCCACUGUGCUCCUACUGCCACCAUGACACCGACAAAUAAUCCAGAGUCAAAACCCAUCCUUGUAGCAUGUUUGAAGAGAACCACAAUUUGCUCUUCACUCACUGCUUGUGGUUUGUUCUGGGGAAAUAAAGUACAAGCCUAGGUUCAGAUGACACAACAAGUCAGACUUGCAGCCACAUAUUGUUUGUUCAUAUUGAAGCAUAGUUUGUUUUACACGAUGGUUUAAUGUGACGUAUGAACCAGGCCAUUCUGAGAGAGAUACAUAAGGUAUAAACAUAUGGUGAUGAAUUUCAUUAUUUUAUUUUUUAGGAUUAUAAUCUUGUGUUCUAAUCCUAUAUGGAAACAAGCUCAGUUGCUGUUAAGUGACACUCCUAGACUGCAACCAGGAUAUGGAUGUGGUUCUGCAUAGUCUUAAUAGGAUUUACUUCUGAGUUUGGGCUGCAAUGUUGCAGCUAUAAGUACUUAUGCACCUGAUUUAGUUGUUACACUAAACCAUGGUUGAGAGAGCAUAGUUGUGGUUUGAUGUAAUGUCUGUAUUCACAGACUAGCCUCCAGACUAAAACUGGAAACAUGGUUUGAGAUGGAUCAGCAUGUCCUUACAGUUUGGCAUGAUAUCUGAAUUAAAUUGUAGUUAUGACUGUUGCUCCACAGCUGGAAGGAAAAUGAACGCAGAGAAACUGCGUUAAACCUUAGUUUGUAAAUAUUAGGAAGCUCAAAUGAUGGACUAUGGUUUGCAUUAACCAUGAUUUAGUGUGCUAUCAAAAUUCAGCCAUAGAAUACAACAAAUCUGUGAAUUUGUCAUAGUGUGAUUACUGCAGGGUUUUUGACGCCACUUAGAUCAUAGAUUGUAGAAUCAUCUUGUUGGAAGUGACCAUGAGGAUCAUCUAGUCUGGCAGUGCAGGAAUCCUUUGCCCAAUGUGGGUCUUGAACCCACAGCCCUGAGAUUAAGAGUCAUGCUCUACCAACUGAGCUAUCCCUACAGGCAACUUGCACCUGCUUAAAUAGCUGUCUCUUGAGAGUUACUUGUACACACCUAAGUCUCACAUCUACUAACUGUUCUACAGUUAAUAGAUGUGAGAAUUGACUAACCUACAUAAAACUUAUAAAUAAUGCCAAUAGCAGUUUUUUAAAACCCAGCAGAGUACUUAACAUAUUAGGAAUGCUAUUUUUAUCCCCUCAAGAUCCUUGUGAUGUAGAUGAUCCUCAUUUUACAGGUGAGAACUAUGGCAAAGGGAAAACACCUGUUUGCCUAGCUAACAAGGGCAGUUUGAUAAGUUAUGUUCUGAUAAGGUAUCCUUAUGUUCAGAUAACAUUUUUACCUUAUGUUCUGAUAACAAAUAGCAUGGCACAGGCACCUGGGAUUGCAAGCUCUGUGAUCCAGCAAGUUCCUGGUGAAAUCUCACUCCUCCCACAAAUUCUCCACAUGCUAGAACAAGCCACUAUUCUUUUUAUUACGCCUCUGUUCAGUGAGGGCAAUAGUAAUCUUCUUACAGGGGUAUGGUAAACAUUAUUGACCCAGUGUAUGAAAAGCACUUGGAGCAUGUAGUUAGUUCAAGUGGGCCUUUGCAACAACAAAAUGUUGCAGUGAUAAUUGCUACUGUUCAGGUUUCCAGCCACACCAUGUCUGCUGAGCAUAGAAUGCACACACUGGUGCCCCGUCCCAGCUACUUUAAAAUCAUGGCUCUGUCCUUUUAUUUAUGUGGAUAAUUUUCGCUUCUGUUCUUGGGGACACAUAAAAAUAAUUCCUUUGUAUAAACCAGAAAAUCGCCUCUCUAGACAUUUAGAUGGUGUUUAUAGACCUGUUUCCCUCAUUCUCAGGCUUCAUUUUCCAGUCCUUCCAUUCUACUAUCCCUCCAAAAAAACAACAACCCUCUGGUUGUCCAGUUUAUGCUCUCAACAAUCCAUUUUAUGUGGGCGCUGAUUUUACUAACCAUGUUUUUUACUAAAUAUUUUUGCAAACCUCAGAGUUUCCCUAAAUCUGCUAAUACCAUCUCCUUGUACAUAGUUCGCUCCAGUUUGGCAAUAAGCAGCAGUGGUCAGAGUACUGAAUCUGAAUUAGAGUGUGGGAUUAUUGUGAAAAAGGAACAAUGGAAUUCAAAUUUACACUGCUUGAAGUGAAAUACAAGUGCAUAUAGCAGCUUAUUAAUUGUUUGUGGUUGUUGUGUUUUGGCUUUAUGCUGUCUUGCUUACAUGUGCACACUUGCUUAUGUGUGCAUACUUGUAGACACAGUGCAUAGACACAUGUACAGUUUACAUAAAUGAUGCUCUGUUGUUACGUGUUUAGGAAUAAAAUGCAGUCUUUGAGACAGUGGUGUGGAUUUGAACCCUAAUUAUUAAACAAUUCUAUGGCCUUUUAAACUGUGUGUUGGAAGGUUGUUUUUGUUUGUUACUAUGUUAUGUAUUUUUGAGUUUUUUAUAUUGUAAACCACUUUGUGAUCCUCUAAUGAAGGGUAGUGUAGAAACACAACAAACUAACCAAGUCGGUUGUGCAUAAGGUGUUAGGAAAUGUCCUUCAGUAGACUUUAAAACUGAACCUCUCUUGUGGAAGGGAAACACCAUAGUGAGCUGGGAUUGUACUUUUUGCAGGGAAACAGUGGCUUUCUGUUCUACAUUUGUAGCAUGAAAUGUUUGGGUUAUGUGAAAGCAUGACUUGGCAUAUCCUGGAAGCUUUAAAGUCAAAAGGAUAUGUAUUUGCCACGUAUACUAGGGUAUUAAAUAAACGAAUUGUGUUUCUUGUGUUUGCGAACCUGGCAAGCGAGAUUAUGGUUUUGUACUUUAUCAGAUGGUUUGAUAGUGACAUGUUCUGCAGGCUGCCAUAAAGUGCUGAUUUUUACUGCUGCUUCAAUUUUGUUUUGUUUUGAAGGUAUAUCUGCUACAUUGCAAAAUAUAACCGAUGUUCCCAUUAUUAAACACAGUAUAUAACAGGAAGCUUUCUGCCUGUAGUUAACAGUGCAAUUCCAUACAUGUCUAGUUGAAUAUAUGUUUCACUGAGUUCUAUGGGGUUAGGAUUGCAGCCUAAAAAUAGCUGUUUUCCAUUGGGGGUUUUAUAAAGAAUUGCACAGGGCUUGUAACCUUGCAUCAAUGUUGAAUUUUCCACACUUCUAUGGGGUGAUGCAAAUGCUCCUAUUUGCUUCCAAAGAAAUAUGAAAUGAGAUACAAACUUGGAGAUCUCAUCCAUCAGUAUCUGUAUUAUUUGGAGAACUUCUUUGUUAAUACAGUGGCCACAGCUUGGGUAACUUAUGUUUUGUAUUCAAUACACGUAUACUUGCAUAUGUUUAUAUGUGUAUGUUUCAGUAAUCAUGUCCAUUUUGUUGUUCCCUAACCACCAAUGUACCCCAAAUUUCAGCAUACUCUUUGCACUUUUUUGCAUUAAACAGGAACAUGCCUACCCAGCCGACGAGCUCAUGCCUUUAACUUGCCGUGGAAGAGUUCGUGGUCAAGAACCAAGUCGUGGAGAUGUGGAUGAUGCCUUGGGAAAGUUAGUACUUCGAAAUAAUUCUAGUUAUGUGAAACAGCAAAAAUCUUGUUUCAGGUUCGGUGCUGUGGAAACACAGCCCCACGUGCCUUAUAAAGAAAAACACAGGCAAAUGCAUUCAUUCCACAGUCUUUGGAUAUAAUAAUGUGGACCCAGGCACUUUAUGGAAUCUUCAUUGGGACGUGGGCCUUGCCCAUGCAGUCCUUUUUUGCCAGAAAAGAUUUCAUAAGCAGGAUCUAUUUGGGAAGGCUUUUGUUCACACAAACUCUAGCUUACACUAAGGGUUUUAUGGAAGGUAGAGCAAAGCUCUACUCCCAUGCCACACAGCUUGCAAAGUUUGUAUUGCGGAGCCAUAAGGCAACGCCACUCCCUCCUUCCAUCUAGCUAUAUUGCUUCAUGGCUGAAAUAAGUUGGAGUUGGUUACUUCCUUUAUGGUCUAAACCACCGAGCCUCUUGGGCUUGCCAUUCAGAAGGUCGGCGGUUCGAAUCCCCGCGACGGAGGGAGCUCCCGUUGCUCUGUCCCAGCUCCUGCCAACCUAGCAGUUGGAAAGCACGCCAGUGCAAGUAGAUAAAUAGGUAAUGCUGUGGCGGGAAGGUAAACGGUGUUUCCGUGCGCUCUGGUUUCUGUCACGGUGUUCCGUUGUGCCAGAAGCGGUUUAGUCCUGCUGGCCACAUGACCAGGAAAGUUGUCUGUGGACAAACGCUGGCUCCCUCGGCAUGAAAGUGAGAUGAGCACCGCAACCCUAGCCUUUGACUGGACUUAACCAUCCAGGGGUCCUUUAGCUUUUUGCAUUUCUUCCUUUGUAGUACAGUCAUACCUCGAGUUGAAGUAGCUUCGGGGUAAGUAUUUUCGGGUUGCGCGCUGCAGCGACCCAGAAGUAACGGAGUGCAUUACUUCCGGGUUUUGUUGCUCACGCAUGCGCAGACAGUCAAAAUGAUGUCACGCGCAUGCGCAAAAGUGGUUGUGUUUGCUUCUGGAUGCAAAAGGGGCUCCGGAACGGAUCCCAUUCGCAUCCAGAGGUGCCACUGUACUUAUUUGGAUAAAAUUCCAUACACCAAAUAUGUAGUAAACCUCUGCACAUUUGGCCUUAAAAGUGGAUACUAAAAAUUGUGGAUUUCUGAAAUCUGUGGCAGCAUUUGUCUGGGAGUGGGCAGGUACCAAUGUGUAAUGGCCUUGAAGCUACACAGAAAAUACAAGAAUUGCAGACAGCAUCUUGUUUCACUAGGUGUGAGGACUAUGAAGAGAGCGCUAGUUUUGUUCCUCCUGUGCACUCAAAACAUGCACAGUGAAGUUCUGGCUCCUUUGUACCGGAACUUCUCCAUUCAAACUGAUGUCUUCUUUGUUAGUAAUAACGUGUCAUACUGUUUUUUGGAUGUUUUGUUGUCGCUACAGAUAAAGUGUACUGGGUUCUAAUGUGUUCUUGUGCCUGCUUCUCCCUCACUCAGGUUUUCACUGACACUGAUUGAUACUUUGGACACUCUUGUGGUAAGUUGGGUCACUUCUGAAUGUUACACUUGCACUUCCAUUUUUGGAAGAAAAUUCUUUGACGUGUGUGUAACUUAUGGUUUAAGUCUACUUUAAUCAGAUGGCUUUAGAGACCUUUAUUAUGAUGAAGAAAAACAGUUUCUGCAUUGUAUUGCAAAUAAAAAGUGCUUCUCUGAUAGUCUCAGAGUUAGGACCAGCCUUGGAGAAUACAAGAGUAUUUCUUAAGUGAGUCUGUGAGACCCGACCAGCCUGCUUGCUCUGUAUCGCAUUCUCCUCUUCCAUACCAGGAACUCUUUUGAACUUAUCCCUCUCCUGUCAACUUGUACUUGAGCUCUUCCUGCUUACAUCACCUCCGUGCUUCUUUUGCACAUUCUAUUUCUAUUUGCCCUCACAGACUUGGAUGACUCAGGAGGAACUGUGGGUGCUUUUGAAAUAUGUGUGGUUAAUUUCCCUUUUCCCUACACCCACCUUGCAAUUCAGCCCACACUGAAUUGCGACAUUACAAAACUUCUGAAAGUGGGUUUAGCAGUGGGUGGCAUGGUAAAUAUGAGUGGAGCUGCCAGCUCAGUAUGUGGAAUGUAUUGGAUGAUGAGUUGAUCAUGUGCCUAACAUCCACAUUCCUGAUAUGUUUAUUUAGCCACAGUUGACCUCUGGAGGUAAGAUUCAAUUUCCCACGAGUACAGUUUCCCCAGAUCCAAGCGAUCUUACAGGUCUUGUGUAAUAUGCUGGAAGUUGGAAACCUGCCGAAAAGUCAGUUGUCCGGUUUGGGAGGAUAUCUGUAAUUACCUCUUCAUUGAUAGGUUUCACUACAGGGGAGGUCAAAUUGUUAACAGCUAAUUUUUCUUUUGCAGGUGUUAAAUAAAACCAAAGAGUUUGAAGAGGCUGUCAAAAAAGUGAUCAGAGAUGUUAAUUUAGACAACGACAUUGUAGUAUCAGUGUUUGAAACUAACAUAAGAGUCCUUGGGUAAGUUUGAUGCCAGAGGAAAAUAAACCACAUUUCAGUUUGUUGAGUUUUGGUACUUUCUGUGCUGCUUUUUAGUUGGAGGUGAAUAUGCCUGUUCCAUAAAUGUUUAAGAAUAAUCGAAAUGGUGCAUCUGUUACCUUAAGAAACAUGCAGCAAAAGUUGUAGUUCUAGCUUUUCCUGCAUUCAUCUCCACUUAGCUGCAAUCUUGCAUGCUCAAAUCCUUAGAAGUGUCCUUUGGUGAAAGUUUGAUAGCUGAAAUACUUUGGGCAUUUCCCACAUACUUGUGGGAAAUGUUUGGAUAAAGGCUAGAUAAGUUAAAGACCUAAAAGCUGAGAUGGCAUAAGAUUUGGAUGGCUUUAAAGUGGGAUUAGACAGAUUCACGUAUGAUAAAACUAGCAAUGGAUAAAUAUUGCCUCUAUGCCCAGAAGCAACAGCCCUCUGAAUGCAAGUUGCUCGAGCACAACAGCGAGAGAGAGCUUUUGCCCUUCUGUCCUGCUUUCUUGCAGACACCUUGUUGGUUACUGUAGGAAACCAGAUCCUGGACUAAUCUAGGCUUUUAGUCUAACCUGGCAGAGCUCUUCUUAAGUUCUCAGGAAGCUACAUUCUGUACUGUAUAUUUUGCAGGAUUUCUACAUUCCAGUGGAAUGGCAGUACAGUGGUACCUCUGGUUGCAGACGGGAUCCGUUCCAGAGGUCUGGCCGGAUCCUGAGGUUUUCGCAACUGGAGAGACCACUUCUGCUCACGCACACGCGAUGGUAGAGCGCUUCUGCGCAUGCGCGCGCGGCAAGAACCCGGAAAUAUACUUCCAGGUUCGCCACUUACGUAUCCUGAAGUUUACGUAACUGGAGGGAUACGUAAGCGGAGGUACGACUGUAUAUACCGUAUUUUUUGCUCCAUAAGACGCACCAGACCACAAGAUGCACCUAGUUUAUGGAGGAGGAAAACAAGAAAAAAAUAUAUAUAUUCUGAAUCUCAGAAGCCAGAACAGCAAGAGGGAUCGCUGCGCAGUGAAAGCAGCAAUCCCUCUUGCUGUUCUGGCUUCUGGGAUAGCUGCGCAGCCUGCAUUCGCUCCAUAAGAUGCACACACAUUUCCUCUUACUUUUUAGGAGGGAAAAAGUGAGUCUUAUUGUGCAAAAAAUACGGUACAUAGCCCCAUUUUAAACGUCUUCUCCAAAAGUGAAGAGCAUUUAGACCUGUUGACUUUAUUCUCUGCUACUCGACUUACAUACAUUUGGAACUGAUACAGAUCAUGUUUUGUAAUGGUUAGGGUGUUGGUUUAUGAGCUAGGAGACUGGGGUUCGAAUCCCCACUCAGCCACUAAGUUCACUUGUUGAUCUUGGGUCAAUCGCUGUUUCUCAGCCUAAUCUACCUCACAGGGUUGUUCUGAAGACAAAACGGGGGUGGGCAACCGUGUAUACCACCUUGAGCUCCUGGAAGGGAAUGGGAAAUGUAAUAAAUAUGUGAAAUAAAUGUGCUAACCACAGCUUAAGGAUGCGGUUUGUAGGGAGAUGUAGUCAAUCCUCCCCACCCUGCUAUUCUGCUCUGCUGCAGUGGUGUCUGGGGUCAAUGCCAGCCCCAGUUGAGAAAGUGCUAAUGCUUGAACGUUUGGCACCAGCCCUUAAGCAAUACCAUGUUUGAGCUCAGUAUUUUUAUGUGCUGAAUUUCAUUGUUGUCCUUUCUGUGUAUUUAGAGGUCUUUUAGGUGGGCACUCAGUAGCAAUCAUGUUGAAAGAGAAGGGCGAAGACAUGCAAUGGUACAACGGAGAACUUCUGCAUAUGGCAAAACAGUUGGGCUACAAGCUUUUGCCAGCUUUUAACACCACCAGCGGUCUUCCAUAUCCACGAGUAAGUAUAUAAUGUAUUGUGAGGGCAGUUGAGAAUUUUGUUUCUUGUUGAUUUAGAUAUAAAUUCUCAUAGAAUCCUAGAAUUGUAGUGUUGGAAGGGACCACAAGGGUCAUCUAGUCCAAUCCUCUGCAAUGCAGGAAUCUUUUGCCCAAUGUGGGGUUUGAACCCAAAACUCUAAGAGUAAGUGUCUCACGUUCUACUGACUGAACUAUCCCAUGGUAUAUUUUCAUAUCUCUUGAUUGCAAGAUGUAAAUCUGUUCAGAAGUAUACGAUACCAGUUAAUCCUGUUUGUAGCUUAUUUCGUAUUUAAAACAAUUGCCACCAUUUUUCUCCUGUGCCCUUUAUUAAAUAAUUUUCAAGUUCUCUGUUCCAAGCACGCUGUAUGCAUGAAAGUCAGGAAUACUGCCAGAGUUUACUGUGAACUUGCUGUUCUCUCCACUCUAAAUGACAAGCUGUUCUCGAACUCAAAGCACCACAGAUUUCGGUGUUGGGAACUGCCGCCGCAAACUUCAGAAACGAUUAUAUCUACACGCAGGUGGCAGCAGUGUCUGGGUGUAAAUCGGCAAAAUGUCUGGGAAAAUGCGGAUCUAUGGCAACCCAUGUUGUCAGUGUUGUUUUUGCUGAUUUUCCAUAAAAAUAGCUCAAAAAAGGUCAACAACUUUGCCCCCCACAAGCAAGCUCCACAACUGUCUUGUCCAUAUUUUCACUGUUUAAAAUAUGGCAACCCUAAGUUAUGGCCAUAGUCUAUAGGUGGUGAGCUACAUACUUAGCCCUGAAAGUUGCUUUAAAAUAGUCAUCUGGAAGUGUGCUGUUAGCAUUCCUAUUUUAGUCUAGAUGACAUAAGAUAUGUUGUAAGCAUUCUCAUGUCUAAAGCCUAACGCACCUUUACACGAUGCCAACAAAUAUAAAUGUUUUGAAUGUUGCACUUUUAUGUUUGUCAAGAUGUCUUGGUCCAUAUUGUCAGGUAAUGGAAACCUUAAGGAUUAAUGUUUGUAUAAAGUCUGUUUGUGUAUGUAUGGCACCAAAUUCUGACAUUUGUCUGAAAGCCAGCUUACCAUCUGUUCCUGGUGCCUCGGGUACUUUGCUUUUAAACUCUAUCCAGAACUCAAGGAACGUGUUUUUCUUGCAGUUUCCAUAAGUUGCGUUUUAUCUGUCAAUGAUUGCUUAAUUUACUACUGUAGCAGUAAACGGUUUUGGUGCCUUUUCUUCUAGGUUAACUUAAAAUUUGGUGUAAGGAGUCCAGAAGCUCGAACAGGAACAGAGACUGACACUUGUACAGCUUGUGCAGGUACCUUGAUCUUGGAGUUUGCAGCUCUGAGCCGCUUCACAGGAGCAUCAAUAUUUGAGGUUUGAAUACGGGUUAUAAUUCAUCAUUCCUUGUUUAAUUUAUAACUUCUGUUAGUGUGGUGUUUUAUAGCAUUUCAGUGUCAGUAUAUCUAUUGCUGAAUUGGUAACUAAAUCUGUGAUAUAGGAGUUUAGUAAAUGGUCUCUCUGUCUAUUUGGAGGCUUUGCGAUAAAUAUUCCAGAAAUUCUGUACUUGGAUUGCUCUGUAAUGGAUAUUUUCUUAUCAGUGUCUUGUUUGUUGCACUCUAAUCAGUAUUGUAAACAUCUUGGCAUAAACUCGAUGGUAUAAGCAGCAGUUUAUUGUUAAACCUUUGUAUAAAAUAAGCUGCUAUUUAUUGGCAUGUGUUUGUAUUUAUGGUGUGCAUUGCACUUGCAUCAAGGAAGAAACCAAUGUUUUUUUCUCUUAUGGUGUGCUGAUUAUGUUGAUAUUGAUUCCCAACAGUAGCAACCCCAAUAUUCUUGUAGCUUUGCUCUACUAUAGCAAAAUAGACUGAACGCUGGACCAAAAUUUCUCCUAAAUAAUACCCAAAUUGCCUUAAGGUAUUCAGUCUCUCUCUUCCCCCUCCCCCUUACAUUGUUAAUAGCUUUGCUUGUGGAAUUGUUUGCUAUCUAUUACUAUCUGGGUAUUAUGUGAGGCUUAGGGCUGCCUUGUAAUUUGGCAGUUUUCUAGUUGCUUGUGACAGUAGCAAUUUACACAGGGUAGCAUCUAAAGGCUGUGCAUUUGGCACUUUGGUAAUUUCCUUCCAGUCUUAAAGAAUGACUAGUUCUUAAACUGGAAGGGCUGCCGUUCCAGCUGAUGGAUAGAAUCUCCAUUAACAUAUGUGGAAUCAGGAAUGAAUAGCCAUUAUUGGCAGCAAAGAGUGGAAUAACUGUGAAAGCAGAGAAUUGCUUUUGGGUGAUUAACAUUGAUUAUGUUAAUCUAUGCCAGGGGUCGGCAAACUUUUCAGCAGGGGGCCGGUCCACUGUCCCUCAGACCUUGUGGGGGGCCGGACUAUAUUUUGAAAAAAAAAAAAAAUGAACAAAUUCCUAUGCCCCACAAAUCACCCAGAGAUGCAAUUUAAAUAAAAGGACACAUUCUACUCAUGUAAAAACACGCUGAUUCCCAGACAGUCUGCGAGUCGGAUUUAGAAGGCGAUUGGGCCAGAUCCGGUCCCUGGGUUUGCCUAUCCAUGAUCUAUGCUCUCCAUAGACUCAUUGGACUCAAUUGGUAAGUUACCUAAUUCCAUGAUAUCAGUGGGUCUGACUUACUCCUUUGUACCUUAAUUUAGCUAUGCAAAAUACUUCAGAGCUCUCUAAUUAUAAAUGUGGAAUGAAUUGAUACACCAGUUGUUUGCAUCAGAUGUAUUUUUUCCCCCAUUUUUACCAUUGUAUUUAAACAGCAUUUAACUGGAAAUGUUGACUUUGUUUGCUGCAGGAAUAUGCACGGAAGGCACUUGAUUUUCUUUGGGAGAAAAGGCAACGCAGCAGCAACUUGGUGGGAGUCACAAUUAAUAUUCAUACGGGUGAUUGGGUCCGCAAAGGUAUGGCACUUUGCAACUGUGUGCCCUCUGUGGCUCAUGCAGAAAUGGGAAUUUGCAAAGCAUCUAUGCAAUCUGGAACCUCUUUCAUGCUGGGGAGGCCUGUAUGCUUGACCCUGACAUGAGAGACCUAGGAUUUGUCAGGCUGCAGCCUAAUAAAUCAGUGGUUAACCUUUUAAAUGUAUGGGCUGUAAAUAAGAUGAGCUGCUUGUUUUGUUUUUUUUAAAUGAUAUUUAUUGAAAAUUUUUUAAAAUUACAGAAAAAGACAAAGCAGAAAAAGAAAAAACAAAAAAGAAAAAGAAAACAAGCCAUAUCCAACAAUACAAAUUCAAAAAACAAAAAUACACCACAAACAGAUAAAAAUAAAACCAUCAUUCUCAAAUCUUCAACUUUCAUUACCUUCUUUCUUUGACCUCCUCCUCCUCCCUUUUUUUGUAUCCUAGUUAAUAAUUGUCGCAGCAAAUCCUUUCCAUAUUUCAUAAUAUUCUGUCAUUACAUUACCUUAAUCUAUUUUUAUCUUAUCUUAUAAAAAACCUUAAAACUUAAAACUUAAAUCUUAUUUUUACCCACUUCUCAUAACCAUAAUAUUCUUGCCUAAUUCUUUAAACACUUUUGCUAGAGCCAAGUAAUUUCGUUCCAACAUUUUUCUAACAGUCAUCAAUUUUAUAAAACAAUCCUAGUGAUAAGAAAAAGAAAUAGAAGCAAUCCAAUCUUCAUCCAGCGUCCCUUCCUCCUGGUCCCAGGUUUUGUCAGUCCUUUUUAUCCCAUCGAUCUAGCGCAUUAAGAUGAGCUGCUUGUGGCUGCUUCCACCUGUUGCUCCCCUUAGUCUUAUUUGGUUCAACCAUCUUUACCUAAAGAAGGGUAAACACUCCUGCAAGUAGAAGAGCAAAUAAAAGGAAUUGUGACUGCACAUUGAUGGAAGCGUUUCAUGCAGAUGAACAGAAUGCUAGAAAAGUAUUUCCUUAAACUACACUGUGGCCUGGAUCAGGCCUGCGAAGCUGUGUGAAGUGGACUGCCAGUCCCCAUCGUCUUCCCUGUCGGGAGUGCUGGCCGCCUUCUCCACACCCAGCAAUGGUGGGGAAAUAGUCCCACUGCAGCCAUGGAGAGGGCUAAACCUUUUCUCUCGGUCCAGCACAGUGAUGGGAAUGAAUGUGGGGUGUGAAUGAAUGAACAAAUGAAUGACUGAAUGACUGUGUUGUAUUCAUGGCUGUGCAUGUGUGGUAGAACCAGGGCAGAACUAUUUUAGCUGCACCUACCUGUGUGCGUUUGCUGGCAGGUAGCCCUCGAAGAGCUGGCAAGCUGGAAGGUGCCCAUCAGGGUGGCAAAGACUACCCACCCCUGUUCCAUGUGGAUUUUUUUAAAAUAAAACAGAAAAUAUUGUAUUGUGCUGAGUGCAGUUUCUUUGUUUAUUUCUUGGCUGCACUCUUAACAGGGGCUUCUUUCGCAGGAAUGAAAACUAGUUGUAAGGUCAAUCUUAAAUAUAUAACAGGUUUUUCCAUCUUUUUCCUAGAUAGUGGUGUUGGAGCAGGUAUAGAUUCAUAUUACGAAUAUUUAUUAAAGGCUUACGUCUUGCUUGGAGACGACAGUUUUCUGGAAAGAUUUAACACGGUAAGUCUCUUGCAUGAGACUCAGGGGUUGUGCAUUUCAUGAGGUAUAACUCAUUCCUAAGAAGCAACCACUGGUCAGUGUAUCUGCUUGCCAUAAAAGUCCAUCUGGCUCCAGACAUGAAUAAAUCUACAGGAAGGGCUUGUAAAAGGAUUCCCCUUGAAUUUAAUUGAGUAUCCCUAUUCAAAGUGGCUUAGUGGUGAAAUAUUGGCUACAAUAUUUCUGAGGAGAUUUCACCCCUCCCAUAUCCAAGAAUCUGCUGAUGUUCUCUGCUGAUUCUCCAGAGAGGAGGGGGCGUUUUCUGCUCUCUACUUAUUCCGCUCCAGCCUCACAUCAAAGAGAGAGAGAGACUGAGUGUUAGAGAGAGAUCGUGUGUAUAGGUAAGGUUGCUGCUAAGAGCAACUGCAGACACCCAGUGCAGUUCAGCAUUUUCGCAUAGACCUCAUUUAGCUCUGUACAUAGUUGUGUAUUAUAGUUGUAGAUAGAAUAAAAGUAGUUAUUCUAGAGAGCUGCUCUCUGAGUCGUUUAUGUUCUGCUAUACUCUGUUGUACUCUGCUGUGCAACGACUGUCUUAUUGGAGUGCAUCGGGUGCUCACAACUCUAAGCUGUGAGUCCACAGCACUUUGACCUGUUCCUGUGCAGAAGGUGGUCUCUGGAAGUGCUACCCAGCUUGCCUAGCCCAGUCGGGGCUGAAGUGGAUGAGUCCAGUUGGUGGCACUGGCUCAAGGGCGAUGCUGACAGAUGCAAUAUAUUUGCGAAACAUGAAGACUGGACUGUGUUGCUUUUUAUUAAAGCUAAUCUCUCUCGGUAAAACGCUUUUCAGGUGAAAGGCUGCUAGCCUCCUUACAUGAACUCUUGAUGCAUCAACUUUAAAAUACUUAAACAAAUUCCAGCAUCAGAUGUAUAGCUUAAAUGUGGAUGUCACCCUGACUAAAAGAUUGAGGGAAUUUACUGAGCAGCGAUGUGCUAAAGGCAGAGCAGCUUAUGUGUCACAAUCCGGCUCAAACACGAAGGGAGGAUAAAACAAUCUGUGUGAUAUUUAGCAAUUUUGUUAUAUGGCAGGGCUGUGGGAGCUCAAGUUUUAAAUCAUUCAAAGAGGAACAAGAAAUUCCUGGAAUGACACCCCUCCUCUCCAGCCUUCCUGCCUGUUUAAUUUCAUUUAAUGAAUGCACUUCACUAAAAUUAUCCAACGUUAAGCCAAACAUGGCAGAAAUUUCACCCCUUGCUGUUGCGGUCAGUUGCACGAGUCCUUUCCACCCUCGUUUCUCAGCUGGACUCUUGUUGAUUAGGACUUACUCUCCUGUUAAUUCUCUUGUGUGGUUCGGUGUCCUCUCAGCUGUUUUGCAUGACGUUAAGGAGAGGCGAGUGCAACAUACAAUUUAGUGUGUUUAGAUCUUAACUUUGCAAAUGAAUUUGGUAUGAAAAAUGAAUGUGGACUCACCAGGGUCUGAUGUUUUGCAGCAUUAUGAUGCCAUAAUGAGAUACAUUAGCCAACCACCUCUCCUGCUUGAUGUGCACAUACACAAACCAAUGCUUAAUGCUCGGACCUGGAUGGACUCACUACUAGCAUUUUUCCCUGGUUUGCAGGUAAGCUUAUCAGAGAUGCAGAGUAGAAAUUUCUGUGGCUGGGAACGCAUUAGGAAUAUCAUUACAUAAACAUUGUUUAAUUCACAGGUUCCUCUAUGCACAUGAGUACUCUUGGAAAUAUCUGGUUUGGCACCUAAGAUUUCCAGAAAGCAACUUUAUCAAAGCUGUACCUAAAUUUGAGCUAAUAACUUUAACGCUAAGAAUAUAAACAUAUGGCCAACCUGACAGACCAAACCAAAUAUAUGUUAAGCACUGGUUUCAGCACAUAUGUACACAGUACACAUGAUUUUCUGACUUUUGCUUAAUUAACCAAGUGCCAUUCUGCUCUCUCAUGUUUCCUUGUCUUACGCCGUGGCCUGUGUAAGAAAAAGUAAUAACCAUGGGCUUGGGGCAGGUGGUGGGAGAUAUGGAAUCGGUCAUUAUCUGACAGGAAAGGGGCAUAUCUAAAUGGCCUUACAUUGGUACUAUCUGUUUGGAUUAUAGGUCUUGAAAGGUGAUAUCAGACCAGCUAUAGAAACUCAUGAGAUGCUGUAUCAGGUGAUAAAAAAGCAUAACUUUCUUCCAGAGGUAAGGCGGUAGGCUUGUAUUAUUAUCAUUGUGGGGAUAAUAAUAAUACUGGGAAAGGGGCGAUGUUGAUUUCUAAUUACUGAUUAGUCAUUCAUGUGCUAAUCAGCAUCCCUUUGCAUAUUUUGAUCUUCUUUUUUUAACUUUCUGUUCCUCCUGUAGGAACUGGAGGCUAGUGCAUUUCUUGCCCAUAUGGUUGACCUUGAUAUUUCCAUGCAUCGAAAGUUGUAAAUAUAUCAAGGAUUAGGAUUAAAAAGGUUAAAAGAAUGGAAAAAUUGGUUUUUAAUAGGUUAAAACUUAAUGUUAUAAUAUAUUAAGAUUAAGGAUUGGGAUUAAAAAAGAGGGAAAGAAAUUGCUGGAUUAACAAACUGAAUUGGAAUACAAAAGAGGGAGGUAUGAGGAGGUCCGGGAAAUAAGUAAAUGUAAAAGAAGUCAUGAAAAGACGGAAUUUUUUUAAAUUGUUUUUUCUUUUUUCUUUGUUUUUUCUUUUUUCCUUUUGUAUUUUGUAUUGUGUAUUUUUCUUUUUAUUCUUAAAUUUUUCUUUUUUAUUAAUGUGAUUCUUUCUUUGUGAAACUAUAAUAAAUAUUGUUUUAAAAAAAAAAGAUAUUUCCAUGCAUCGCUACAUCUGCCUGCAAUUCCUUUUUUCAUAUUUGCGCUCAUUUGUUCACAUAAUAGUUGCACAUGAAUGGGGAGAGACUGGUUUAGUGUCUCAUCCGAACCAGCACUCCUGCUUCUUUCCAAACAAAAUGCAAUGUGGAAGCCAGGGUUUGGCUAAUGUGUCAGCAUGACAGUGAUUCCAACCCAGAUAUUCAACUCUUAACCAUUUUAUCCACUACAUCACACUCAUACAGUGAAAAGCUUUGCCAUAUGUUCACAACUCAUUUACUUUCGAAUCUAGUUUUAUGAGUGGUAUCCAACUAAGUCUUAUUGAGUAUUUCCUUUGAAAUCAUUGGACAUAUCUAAAGUCCAUCAAUUUUAGUAAAUCUACUCAGAAUAGGACUAAUUGGAUGCUAUUCUAUAUCUUGGUCUCUUUCCUUUCCCUGUAUCUGAGAUUGUGACCCAGUGGUCUCCCAGGACGAGAGCCCGGGAGACCUUGGCCUAGCAUAGAGUUGUCAUGUUUGAGUGAACUUUGCAAACUUCUCUUGAUAGCUAAUCUGUAACAGGGGAAUAAUAAAAUAGCACCCAACAUAUUGGGAAUGCUAUUUUCAUCCACACAAAACCCUUGUGAUGUAGAUGAUUACUCCUCAUUUUACAGGUGAGGACUACCGCAAAGGAAAACACCUGCCUGCCUGGCUAACAGGGACUGUUUGAUAAGUUUUUAGGCACCAGGCAAAAUGUUUUUUUUUUACCAGAUCUUUGGCUGAUUAACAUUCUCUGUCCUUUAAAAUGUGUGGGUGGGGGUGGGGUUAUCGCUUUUGUUCUGUUCUUGUUUUUAUUAUGUAUUUUGUGUUCUCAUUUUGUAUUUUUAUGUUGUGAACCGCCCUGCAAUCUUUGGAUGAAGGUGUGGUAUACUACUACUACUACUACUAAUAAUAAUAAUAAUAAUAAUAAUUAAUAGCAUUUGUGACCAAAGUACUGUACAAUUUAAUAUUUCCCUAUGUCUUUCUUCUUUUCUCCUUCAGGCUUUCACAACAGACUUCCGGGUUCACUGGGCUCAACAUCCUUUAAGGCCAGAAUUUGCAGAGAGUACCUAUUUCUUGUAUAAAGUAAGAUUUCGUUCUUCCAAUUCAAGGUGCCUUAAAUCCUUGAAAAUCUUAGGAAAGGAAUUGAAAAUGUUAACACCUUUUUAUGACACUGUGAUGCAGUUGCACUAAAAUACUUUGUACUGAAGUGGAUGCUUUAUCUCAAGAAGAAUAUUAUAGGCGCAGAUAAGGUACAGAAAGAGGAAUCUAUAGUGGUUAAGAAUAUGCAGCAACUUUCCCAUAAAGAAAGACUAAAGAGAAUUAGGUUUGUUAGCUUAGAACGAAUGAAUUAACUGGGGCUUGGGGGCAGGAUAUGAAAGUAUUUCAAAAUCAUGAAUAGUGGGAAGAGAUUUUUCUCUUUCACUUGCUCUGAAAUUAUGCCAGCAGGUACUACUACACACAGCCUCUAACCUUAGAUGGCUUUGAAAAAGGAGGCCUAUUGAUGAUUAUGAACUGGGAUAGCUAAGCGCAGCUUCCAAACUGAAAGGUAAUAUAAGUAGGAUUGUUAUCAGAUGCUUAGGGCAAGCAGCAGAGAAUGGUAAUUUCCAUCUAUACUUCCUCCCUGGGCUUCUGAUUCGUCCCUGUUUGUGGUGCAGGUUGACUGUACUUCUGGUCUUCUUAUGCAUGGUCAAGAACAAUACUUAUGCAGUGCAAGUAUUUUUAACAAUAAGAUGAGCUUGAGACUUUCUAACUUGUUGCACAAAAUAAAGGAGCUUUCUAUUGAGGCUGGGAAGCCCCUUGAAUUGCUGACUGCAAACAGUUUCUCAGCUCUGUUCUCCCUCUGAGAAUAUUCUUCUGUCCAGGCUAGUAUGUAUUUAGCAGUGCUGUUUGACUUUAAAUCCAAGGCUUUAAAAUGUGUGCAAAGUCAAAUAUCAAAGUAUAACAACAGAUAAGAAUGUAAUGUGUGUAUAGCGUAUCUCUAGGAGUAAGUGCAAAAAAUCUUCCUUUAAAAACAGGCUACUGGAGAUCCUUACUACCUAGAAGUAGGAAAAACACUAAUUGAAAACUUAAAUAAAUACGCUCGUGUACCUUGUGGAUUUGCUGCUAUGAAGGAUGUUCGUACUGGAAGCCAUGAAGACAGGUAAUUAGCUGAAAAGCGUUGCUAGGUUUUGCUAAUUUAAUCUUGCAACUGUGCAUUCAUGCUGGUAGGAUUUCUUUGUACAUUAAAUCUUCUCUGGCUUAAUACUUUAGUAAAAGUUAACAAGUGCUUCAUGAUUUUUAUUUUAUUAAGAGAUAUAUGUGUGUGUAUAUAUAGGGAUGCGGGUGGCGCUGUGGGUUAAACCACAGAGCCUAGGACUUGCUGAUCAGAAGGUCAGCGGUUCGAAUCCCCGUGACGGGGUGAGCUCCCGUUGCUCAGUCCCUGCUCCUGCCAACCUAGCAGUUUGAAAGCACAUCAAAGUGCUUUCCCGCUCCAGCGGGAAGGUAAACGGUGUUUCCGUGCACUGCUCUGGUUCACCAGAAGUGGCUUAGUCAUGCUGGCCACAUGACCUGGAAGCUGUACUCCGGCUCCCUCGGCCAAUAAAGCGAGAUGAGUGCCGCAACCCCAGAGUCAGUCACGACUGGACCUAAUGGUCAGGGGUCCCUUUACCAUAUAUAUAUAUAUAUAUAUAUAUAUAUAUAUAUAUAUAUAUAUAUAUAUAUAUAUAUAUAUAUGUAUGUAUAUAUAUGUAUAUUGGAUCCUCCUCAAGGCACCUAACUUAAGUAUUUAACUUGUUAAUGUAUUUAACAAUAGACAUUUAAAUAGCAUGAAAACAAGGGCUUAGAUCUGUCCCUGGGGGUGGGGGGCGGCGCUGGGCGGCUGCUUUCUCCAACCCUGCCCUAAGAGGCUGAAUUUCACUGUUGCAUGUGUGAGGCAGAGGAAUGCCUCAUCUGCAAAGAGGCAGGGGAAACAAGACCAGGGAGCUGGCGAUCCUCGGCCAGUUGCUCAUGGACAAUGGGAGCUUGUGAAAUCCAUCGUCGUCUAAAGGGGCAGAGUUUGGGGGACGAAUGUGGGGGGAGAGAGAAAAAUAACCAAACACAAAGGGCGGCUAGUUAUUUAGAGGUUCUUAAGAGGCUGUAGAAAUGUAAAAUGUACUUUAUCAGUUUACAUUCAUCUUCUGUACUUCUCUUGCCCCAAGACACCAUUGCCUGCUGGGUUAUUGGCCAGUUUUAUUACUUCUGUGCAUUAAACCAGAAAUUUUACUGUUUUGUUGACAUGCCCAGAUCCCCUUUUGUUAUGUCCACACUGGUUUUCUUGCCCCUCUAAUAAACGAAACUACUGUCUUGUUAAAAAACACACACACACACACACAAAACAAGGGCUUAGAUCUGAACAACUACAGGUGGGAGAAUAGUGCUGUUCUGUAAACUUGUGCAACCCUAACGGAAGACGAAUUGCAGGCAUGGGGAACUUCCUGCCUCAUAAUAACGUCAGGUGAUCCCACCCACCUGACAGAAUUGCUGUCAAGGAAGUUCGGAUCUGGCCCACUAGCCAGAAAAAGUUUCCCACUCCUGUUGUGGCAUAAUUGGGGGGAAAUCAAAAGGUCUUCAAGCUUGUAGAUGCAGAAGAAGUUGGGGUCACUUUUCUCACAGCAGAAACAGCCCUUCUAUGAACAGAAAUAGCUGUCUGCUAGUCAAAAGGCUUUUUUGGGGGGUCCAAGCCCUCAUCAGAAGCAGAAAAUAAGGUGACAACAUCAAAAUAGCAUACAAAUAAUUGAAGGCACAGCCAAACUGGACUGAGUUGCUGCGAAAUGUCAAUAAGGAGGCGGUCAGACUAGGCCCUUGGAGGAAGAAGUUCUGCCACUAGAUGCGGCAUCAGAGAAGGCCCGUAAGAUUCUGGCGCAGAGCAGGAUUUCUAUCAGAGACCUAAGUGGGUGGGCAGGAUCACAUGGGACUAAGCAAUCCUUUACGUGAAAUUCUUGCUAUUUAAGUCUUUAGCCAUGUAUGCGUUCUUUGGAAAAACUUAGCGAAGUUCUCCCCAUUAGUUGUCAUUUUGACUUUACUCCAAAGUAUAUCUUGUUUUUCAUUUUGUUGCUAGUGAUACAGUCGUACCUUGGUUUUCGAACAGCUUAGUUCUUGAACGUUUUGGCACCCGAAAGCAGCAAACCCGGAAGUGAGUGUUCCGGUUUGCAAUCUGUUUUUGGAAGCCUAACGUCCGAUGGGGCUUCUGAUUGGUUGCAAGAGCUUCCUGCAGCCAAUCAGAAGCCGCGCUUUGGUUUCCAAACGCUUUGGAAGUUGAACAGACUUUCGGAAUGGAUUCCGUUUGACUUCCAAGUACGACUGUGUAUCAAGAAGGGAAAAUGAUACUUCAGUCUAUUUAUUUCUUCCUUCUAGGAUGGAUUCUUUCUUCCUGGCUGAAAUGUUUAAAUAUUUAUACCUGCUCUUUGCUGAUAAGGAAGACCUGACUUUCGAUAUAGAAGACUAUAUCUUUACUACAGAAGCUCAUUUGCUACCUCUCUGGCUAUCUACUGCAAACCAAACGGCCCCUAGGAAAAACAUUGUGAGUGUUGCUUCAUAUUUUUGAAUUGAUUUAAUUGCAGGCUAGUUUUAUCUUCCUCUGUAAAAGUAACUCUUAGAAUAUUUUUAGAUUAUUCUUCCAUUGUUGCACAAACUGUCAUGCUUUGCUGUUUAUGCAAACGUAAAUUAGGUAAUGAGUUUCUAAAUGAAAAUAUGGUCUUUUGUAACUGAUUCCUUACAUAGAAUCAUAGAAUUGUACAGUUGUAACAAUAUAUUGUUUGACAUUUUAACGCUGCAUAUUCCUUUUUGUGGUUGGAAGGUUUGUAAUUGUGCUUUCCUUGCAAACACAUUUGGAUAUUGUGACUGCGCAUGGUUAAAGAAAGAAAGAGAAGACAACGCUUAAAUUCUCCCUCUUUCCCCCUUUGCAGACUACAGAAUACACAGAAUUGGAUGAUAGCAACUUUGACUGGACAUGCCCCAACACUCAGAUCCUCUUUCCAAAUGACCCAAUGUAUGCUCAGAGCAUCAGGGAACCUCUGAAAAAUGUGGUGGACAAGAGUUGUCCUAGGGGUGUUUCCAGAGCGUAAGAUCAUUUAUACCUUUCAUAACUAUGUGAUAGGUAAAGGUAAAGGCACCCCUGACCUAAUAUUAGGUCCAGUUGCGGACGACUCUGGGGUUGUGUGCUCAUCUUACUCUAUAGGCCGAGGGAGCCGGCGUUUGUCCGCAGACAGCUUCUGGGUCGUGUGGCCAGCAUGACAAAGCAGCUUCUGGCGAAACCAGAGCAGCGCAGGGAAAUGCCAUUUACCUUCCCGCUGGAGCGGUACCUAUUUAUCUACUUGCACUUUGACGUGCUUUCGAACUGCUAGGUGGGCAGGAGCUGGGACUGAGCAACGGGAGCUCAGCCCGUUGCAGGGAUUCGAACCGCCAACCUUCUGAUCGGCAAGCCCUAGGCUCUGUGGUUAAGACCACAGCGCCACCCGCGCCCCUAACUAGGUGAUACAGCUGCUUAUAUUGAGCUGAUAUACUUUUAUGCAUUGACUAACACAUAAUGAUGAAAUCAUUCGAUACAGCUUGGUUUGGAUUGACUCCUUGCAAUGGAAUAUGCCUAAGGUUCUUGUAUCAGAAUUUCCCAGCCUGAUUGCGACUUGCCUAUUUGUAAUGGAUGAUGGGAGUUGUAGUCAAAAACAUCUGCGUGGAUGGGUUUUGGCAAAGAGAGAGGAGAAAAAUGGCGUGGCAAGUGAUGCGUUUGGUGACACAGCGAGGGAAGAAUAAAAUUCACACCCUCACUUAGGCAGUGUGCAGUAAGAGAAAGCAAGGCUUGGGUUUCAGCCUGCCAACUUCCAGAAGCCUUUUCAUGCAUUUUAUUACCCGUUCAGUGGCCUCUGACGGCUACGCAUAGCAUAUUUUAGUCUUAUGCACCUCAUGUAUAUUAUUUAGGCACCAUCAAUUCAGUUCUUAAAAUGUAGAUGGCCUGCUUUCUCUUGCAGGGAAGAGAGUUUGGGUACCGGACCAAAGCCCCCCCUGAGAGCCAGGGAUUUCAUGGCCAGUAAUCCUGAGCAUUUAGAGAUCCUAAAGAAGAUGGGAGUCAGCUUGAUUCACCUCAAAGAUGGAAGAGUCCAACUGGUGCAACAUGCUAUUCAAGUAAGAUCUUGCCCUGUCCUAGCCCCUCAGUGUACUUGUCCUCAGUAGGAAGUUGACAUGCAGGCACUCUUAUUUUAUUUUAUUUUAUUUGGAACAAGUUGUUUCAGUUUAAUUAUAGUACAGGUCGGAGAGGUAUAAAUAUGGAUAUAAUACAUUGGAAUAAAUUAAGACUUUCCAUUAUGAACAAACUACCUGCAUAUAAAAUAAUGAUUUAUUUAGAAUUAAGAUUUUAAUUAUAAUCAUUUUUAAUUUAUAAUCAAUUCAUUUUGCUCCAGACCCUGCCAGUUUGGAUACCAAUAGCUCAUCUGAACUAUUGUCAGAAAAAAACUUCAUAAGUUUAUCCAGUGGACCCUCUAGUUACGUACUGCUCUGGAUACGUAACUUUCAGGUUACGAAUGCAGCAAACCCGGAAAUGUAUACUUCCGGGUUUCGCCGCAUGCGCAGAAGCAAUCAGACCGUGUGCGUGUUCAGAAGCGGCGCCUCUGCCUACAGACUUUUUGGGUUGCGGACAGACCCCCAGAACAAAUUUAAUUUGUAUCUGGAGGGUCCACUGUAUUUCAGUCGGACAGACCUAUAAGGGUAUUGCCCUUAAGUCAUUGAGUUUGUUUACUAAUCCUUAUACACUCACAUUAUUUAUUUUUAUUUAUCUUUAUUUUGUAUUUUGACAAGGUAAUAAUAAUAAAUAAAUAAAAAUGUGCACCCCACCCUCGAGACCAUUGUAACUAUCCAACCUCCCAAAAUUUCAACACCUCUUACGAUGGUUUGACCCCUUUCUGUUUUAGCAGUACAAAUUCUACAACUACUACAGCUAUUUGGCACUCUUAAAUUUAGGCACACAAGAAAGUAUCCGUGAAAUACUUGUCCUAAUUUCUGUGAAGCUGUUGAACAACAAGUCCUUUUUCCUGAUGUUACACAAACUAAGUAACACAGUUAUACUGUCUAGUAGUCCAUUCAAUCAUGUCUGAAUGUUUAGUGGGAGAUAGGUUUUUCAAAAUAUUUGCUAGUGGUAAGCUGUGAAGUUGAACUGAAUGUGUUUCAAAUUUUGAGGUCAUUACCAUGACAGGGCCUUUUCAGUGGUGACACCAAGGCUCUAGUACUUUCCAGGUUAGCCUUUCUCCUCACCUGUGCUGAGGACUUUCUGGCACUGAGUAGGACUGCUUUAUUCCAGAGGGCAUUUUGAAUUCUCUGAACUGUUUUUUUUACUGAGGAGUAUUGUGUCUUGCUGCUGGCAGUGUAAUGGUUCUUUUGCCUGUGUUUUUAUAUUUCUAGCAUGCAUGUGGAAUUUUAUACUGAAAAUACCCUUGGAAGUGUUGUCAGAUACAAAUAACUGUUUAUUUACUUUUUUUUAAAAAAACCAAAAACUAAUUCUAAAAUAUUUUGGCUAACGCUGGAUGUCUAGAAGUUCAGAACAAACUAAUUAGCAAGUUUCCUCAGGAAAUACUGUUGCAUGUUUUGUCUGCAGGGUUAGAAUGAAAAAAUGCUAGAUAUUGCUUACUUUUUCAUUAGGCAGCAAGCUCACUCGAUGCGGAGGAUGGUCUACGGUUCAUGCAAGAAAUGAUUGAGUUGUCCAGUCAACAGCAAAAAGAGCAGCAGCUACCUCCUCGUGCUGUUCAAAUUGUUUCCCACCCGUUCUUUGGCAGAGUGGUUUUGACAGCUGGGCCUGCGCAGUUUGGAAUGGAUCUCUCCAAACACAAAUCAGGGGUUCGUUCUGUUUUACAGCCUUGUGAUUAAAAAAAACACCACUUGUAUGGUUUAUACAGAACUUAUGGGAAAUUGUUAACAUACAGAAAUUUAAUGUAUCUAAAAGAAAGAGUUCCAUAUCAUUUUAUUAAGUUUUCUGUUUUACAAUUUAAAAUACUCAUUUAUACAUCCUUAAGAUAUCAAUGACUUCCCUUCUUCUCUUUCGUGGUUUACUUUACAUACAUAAAUCCCUGUAUAUAUAAACUAUACCAUUCAGUAUUCCAUUAUUGCAUCCAUCAAAACUUGUUGAAUUUAUCUUAAUGCUGCCAGCGUUUUCAGCUGUACACAGUUAUUUCCCAUAUAUUCCAUAAAUGUUUUCCAAUCUCUUUAAACGUAUGUUCUCCCUGUUCUCUUAUUCUAUAUGCUAAGUCUAAAAAAAACAAGAAGAGGAGUUGUUCUAGAAGCCCCCUAAGUCAAGAAAACAAAGCAACUCUGAAUAACUAAGGCCAAAAACAGGAAAUGGAGUGGAGGGGAACAGUCUGAAUAGCUGCUGGGCAAGAUUGUUUUAUGUAUGAAGCCAAUUGAGGCUCCCCCUUUUGCCCACCAGGCCAUUUGCCCCAAACCAUACCCACCCAUCCCAUACCUGACAGCGUAUGUGAUGUCAGGUGUGGGGCAGAUAGAUGGAUCUGGCUGGAAAGCGUGAUUGAACUUCCUGCGCAUCAGCUGAUGCAUGAUUUGUUGCAGGCAACACGUUUUUAUAAAGUGCAGUAGCUUCAAAUGCCACUAUUCUGAUUUAGCAUGCAAUGAAUUAUCCUACUGGGAUAGUUCAGUCGGUAGAGCAUGAGGCUCUUAAUCUCAGGGUUCGAGCCCCACGUUGGGCAGUAGAUUCCUGCAUCGCAGGGGGUUGGACUGGAUGACCCUCAGGGUCCCUUCCAACUUUAUGGUUCUGUGAAUGAGUUCUGCAAUAACUGCCUUCACUGCAGUUAUUGGGCACAAUCCAGUGCAGUGUGCCGAAGCUGUUAGAUUUCACUGGGUUUAAGAGCGCUAGCCCUGAGUUGGAUGAUGAUCACUGCCGGAUUUACAUAUAAGCUAAACAAGAUAUAGCUUAGGGCCACACUCUCAUGGGGGCCCCCAAAAAAUUUAAAGAAAACCUGGAUGUACGAUUCCAAAAUAUAAGAUAAAAAACAAAUAAAACAAAACUUACAUACAGCAGAAGUGUUUUGUGUUGUGUGGGCUCUUAUGAUGUAAGUAAUGCGCCCCGCCUGCUAGCCUGCUCCCUAAAAUAUCACUGGUUUGCUCAUUUGUAUAUAUAGGGUGCCUACAUUCUGCAUGUGCAAAUGGCUUUAGAUGCCUAUUAGGUCCAUAAAUGACCAUAUAGCAUAUAUUCAAAAGAAACAAUAGUGACACUUUGUUGUUGACAGGGGACAGCUGGACAUAUAAAGGGCCCCAUUACCUCCAGUAGCUUAGGGCCCCAUCAAACCUAAAUCUGGCCCUGAUGAUGAUGGUUGUAUUUCCUAGUAUGCUCUUCAUAUAUUUUAGUGCAAAAAAUGCAAAUGUUUACAUGCUUGAAUACCGUAUACUAAAGCCUCUCACCUCUUCAACAGGCAAGAGGAUUUGUUGCAGUCAGUAAACCAUAUAAUGGAUGCUCUGAGAUCACCAACCCUGAAGCGCUGAAGGAUAAAAUUGCUUUGAUGCAAAGAGGCCAGUGCAUGUUUGCUGAAAAGGCACGGAACAUCCAAAAAGCUGGGGCUAUAGGUGGCAUUGUUAUUGGUAAGUGAAACAGAAAACUUAUAUAAAGGUUUUUUGGCUAACAGUGAGACACUUGAAAUGUUAAGGCAGGUGUGACUUGUGCACUUUAAUAAUUUUAAUGUGAACAAUUUCAACGUGCAUCCCAGCCUAUCUAUAUAAUAUUUAUUUACAGUCAUAUCUUGGGUUACAGACGCUUCAGGUUGCGUUUUUUCAGGUUAUGGACCGCCGAAACCUGGAAGUACCGGAACGCAUGCGCAGAAGUGCCGAAUUGCAACCCACGCCUGCACAGACUCGUCGCUGCAGGUUGCAAACGUGCAUCCCGCACGGAUCACGUUCGCAACCCGAGCGUCCACUGUAUUUAAAACCUUUUUAACCUUUAUACAGUGGUACCUCGGGUUACAGACGCUUCAGGUUACAGACUCCGCUGACCCAGAAAUAGUACCUCGGGUUAAGAACUUUGCUUCAGGAUGAGAACAGAAAUCGCACAGCGGCGACAGUGGGAGGCCCCAUUAGCUAAAGUGUUACCUCAGGUUUAAGAACAGUUUCAGGUUAAGAACGGACCUCCAGAACGAAUUAAGUUCUUAACCCGAGGUGCCACUGUAUACGACCCUCCUUCUAAUUCAGUGUACAGCAUGAAGUAAUUCAAACUAUUACCCAGGUUAAGGCUUGGGUAAUGCAAAUUGUCUCAUUAAAUAAAUAAAAAAUUACCUUGGCAUUUAAAGGAUCACAGUGUGGGUGCCGCAUACUGGGUUUAUUCCAAAAACCAGGAUGCCUCACGGGUGAAAAAGCCCUUGUGGUUGAAUAAUGCAUUUCUGAUAGAGUAGGCGGUUGGUUAAGGGCGAUCAAAGACCUCAAGAUUAUCUGGUUGCCUGUAUUGCAUUCAUAUCCCACCUUUCCUGAGGAGCUCACAGUGGGUUGUAUGAGAAGAGGCACGCCUUCAAGUAUUCGGGUUCCAAGCCAUUUAGGAUUUUUAAAGAUAAGGACCAGCACCUUGCCUGUAGACAAUGAGGCAGCUAGAAGUUUAUUUAAAAUUGGAAUGUAUUAUAAGUGACGCGGGUGGCACUGUGGUCUAAACUGCAGAGCCUAGGGCUUGCCAAUCAAAAGGUCGGUGGUUCAAAUCCCCACGAUGGGGGUGAGCUCCCGUUGUUCAGUCCCAGCUCCUGCCACCAAGCAGUUCUAAAGCACGUCAAAGUGCAAGUAGAUAAAUAGGUACUGCUCCAGUGGGAAGGUAAACGGUGUUUCUGUGCGCUGCUCUGGUUUGCCAGAAGCGGCUUAGUCAUGCUGGCCGCAUGACCCGGAAGCUGUCUGUGGACAAACGCCGGCUCCCUUGGCCUAUAGAGUGAGAUGAGCGCCGCAACCCCAGAGUCAUCCACGGCUGGACCCAAUGGUCAGGGGUACCUUUACCUUUACAGUGGUACCUCGGGUUAAGUACUUAAUUCGUUCCGGAGGUUUGUUCUUUACCUGAAACUGUUCUUAACCUGAAGCACCACUUUAGCUAAUGGGGCCUCCUGCUGCUGCCGCACCGCCGGAGCACGAUUUCUGUUCUCAUCCUGAAGCAAAGUUCUUAACCUGAGGUACUAUUUCUGGGUUAGCGGAGUCUGUAACCUGAAGUGUAUGUAACCUGAAGCGUAUGUAACCCGAGAUACCACUGUAUAAGUGAAUCUGGUUGUAUUGGUCUGAAUUCUGCUAACCAGGUUUUAUACUGAUUGAAGGUCCCAAGUAACUUUCAGGUUGCACUGAGAAUUCAGUGGGUGAAAGUUAAUAUUAAUGGAAACCCUACUCGUUCCACCUAGAUGACAAUGAAGGAAGCAGCAGCGACACAGCCCCUCUCUUCCAGAUGGCAGGCGAUGGCAAGAAUACAGACGACAUCACUGUGCCAAUGCUGUUUCUCUUCAACAAGGAAGGCAGUAUUAUCCUUGAUGCCAUCCAGGAAUAUGAAGCUGUAGAAGUGCUGCUUUCUGACAAAGCAAAGGACAGAGGUAAGAGCGAAAACCAUGUUAGCGUGUGAAAGGUGGCCCCGGCUCAGUUAAUUCAGUCCAAAUUUCAGCACCAGAGAAUAUAGAAACAGGAGAGAGGCCAAAAUAACAGGAUGAAUGCGAGUCUCAGGAAGAUCAGCAAACGCAUAACACAGGCAUAGGCAAACUCUGCCCUCCAGAUGUUUUGGGACUACAAUUCCCAUCAUCCCGGACCACUGGUCCUGUUAGCUAGGGAUGAUGGGAGUUGUAGUCCCAAAACAUCUGGAGGGCAGAGUUUGCCUAUGCCUGGCAUAACAGCACUAAGAUGCAAGUAGGUUCUUCUUGAUUAGGGCCAAGUUAGCAUUCUCUUUAAAGCUCCCUGGAUUUCUCCCGCCUUUUAUGUUCCUAGAAUAUUUCUCUUCAGGUGGCAACUUUCUGACCGCUGUAUCACAUUUUAUUUAUAAAAGCAUUUGGGAACUGCCCUCUCACAAAACAGCGGGUCGGUGUACAAUAAUAAUAAUAAUAAUAAUAAUUUAUUAUUUAUACCCCGCCCAUCUGGCUGGGCUUCCCCGGCCACUCUGGGCGGCUUCCAAAAGAAUAUUAAAAUACUAUAAUACAUCAAACAUUAAAAGCUUCCCGAAACAACAACAUAAAGACAUUUAAAAGCAAUACAAAGCAAUAAUUAAAAUGAUUGGCUGCUCAAGGGACAUUUUAAAGGAUGUCGUAGACCCCAUAGCAUAAUCUUCCAGAGAUGUCUGAAAGUCAAAAGCGAGGAUGCCUUUGUACGCAGGGAGGGCAUGUCAACAGUAGUCUUGUGUUGGUGUGCGGUUCCUUCAAACCAUUUUUUAAAGCAGCAGCUAGGUUAAUGAAUGAAUUGCCUUUGUAAGUUAGGAAAUUUCUGAAUUUAAAAUGCAUAUGUGCUUUUUCCCUUCUUCCUGUGCUACCCUUGGAUUGUCAGCAACUAUAUUUAAAGAUAAAAUGAUUCCAAACUACAUUAUUGAUAGCAGUAAGUAUCAAACAUCUGUAUGUCUUUGCCCCAAAUUCUGAAAGCAUUUAUCCUUUGGUAUGUUCGCUUUGACAGUGCUGAAUUGUGAUGCAAAACGAACCAGAAUUGCCUAAUCCUUGAUUCAUGAGUAGUGUAUGUUUCAAGUCAUUGAGGUGCUGUUCACAUGUUGGUCUCAUAGGUGACAUACGGACACUAAUAAUCUCUAGGAACUUUGGGGCAGAUAAACCACUUGAAAGAUCAGCCAUUGGUUAGUUCAGACUGAAAGGGUCCUUUGGGCAGCUUAUAGUAAUUGAUUUUUAGAGACCUUGGAAACCAUGCAUAUAUUUUCUUUGCAGAAAAUUUCUUUGGAAUUGUUCCAAAAAUAACUAUCAGCCUCAAACUCUCAAACCUGUGUAAUAAGAGGGUUAAUUAUGACAUUAUUAAUAGCUGUGUUUAUUUGAUAAAAGCUUGAAAACAGAUACAGCCGUACCCUGGAAGUGGAACAGCUUAGUUCCCGAACAUUUUGGCUCCUGAACAUCGCAAACCUGGAAGUGACUGUUUCGGUUAGCGAACUUUUUUGGGAAGCCAUCCGUCCUAUGUGGCUUCCAUGGCUUCUGAUUGGCUGCAGGAGCUUCCUGCAGCCAAUCAGAAGCCGUACUUUGGUUUUUGAACGUUUUGGAAGUCGAACGGACUUCCGGAACGGAUUCUGCUCGGCUUCCAAGGUACGACUGUACUCAAGAGUCAUAAACUACAGUUGUUGUUUUUUAAAUCAUUGUGUUCCUUUCCCCUCUAAGAUUUGGAAAUGGAAAGCAUGGAACAGAAGUCAUCUGAUAAUGAUUCUCAUAACCAGAGGUCAGAAGAGAUUUCAGCAGAUUUGAACUUGGUCAAUCAAGACCCAGAAGGAGAAGGUGGGUUGGAGUCACCUGCAGAGUUGGGCAGCAAUAGUGUUUCUCUUAUGGACCAGGAAUCCUGUAUCCCUAAACUCCAGGAAACUAAUAAACUCCAGGAAACUAGUAGUCAAGCAUCAGACUUGGAAAAUCACCCCGAGGAACAAUCAAAGAUUGAAACUGACUCCAAUCCCACUGAUAGCUGGGAUAAUAAUAAAGGACAGUCUAUGGAAUCAAUAUUAGCUGAUUGGAAUGAAGACAUAGAAGCUUUUGAAAUGAUGGAAAAGGAUGAACUAUAACUUCUAAUAAAGUGCUUGUGGGACUACAAAGUGGUGAACUUGAUGGAGGAUAGUAAAGACCCUAGCAUCUGAAUUUUUUUUUUUAAAAAAAGGAAUUGUUCAGUAUUGUGACGAGCAGCCAGGUUCCAUUGGCAAAAGCCAGCAUGUGUUCAAAUUUGUAUUGUUUUUGUCCCCCCUGUUUUAUGGAAAAUGGGAAUGUGCAAUUGACCCAUUUGCAGGGUUCCUUUGCAUGGUGCUGUAGCCCAGGAGGUUCAUUCAGGGAAUGAUUUGGAUUCCUCCUGCGUUCCACGUUGCUGUAAGUGAGCUUUGUCUAAGCCUUAGGAAGCAGAGAAUGAAUGAAUGAAACGGGGAUUUCAAUGCACCACUGAGUCUGGAUGGCUACUUGGGGCACAGCACAUGAUGGCUACAGGCUGGCUGUUGGCGAUGAUGCUUUUUCAAGGGUCUAUACCGUAUCUCAGAAGCCUUUUUAUGGAGACAUGGCAGAAGGUACUUCAGGCUGUGGUGGCCUUUAUAAGCGAGGGCAGAACAGCAGGCAGCUCUGACGUGUCCUGUGCCACUUAAUAUAGCGAGUGUGCUGUACCUCCUUUAUCACAUCUUCCAUUUAUUAUUUUGAAGAGCGACCAAGAUAACUUGGAUUUUUUUUUUUUAAGUUCCUAGCUCAAGUCAAGAUUGCCUUUGAUUUACAGACUAUGUGCUCGAUUAGCAAAAAAUAAAACCGCAGUUAAUUCUGAAACUUGAAUCUGAGUAAUGGGGCAUAGCCUCUUCUCUACACUCCCAUUACUUUGAUUUUGAACCUUGCACAGUGAAUCGUGAGCUAAAAUAAGCCAAACUUGCGUCCUUGCCGAUUUUCUGGGCAAGGUACCAAAUCAGAUAGUGCUGGGAUAGAAUUUAUUUCAUUUUAUUUUUUUGCAACUUUAAAUCAGCCUUACAUCAGUAACAUCUCUCUAUUCCUGUAUACAGCUUAAAUUUCUGUGCACAAAAAGGCCAGUAUGUCCAUAGGAAAGUAUGAAGUUAGUGAAAGACUGGUAUCAUGUGUAGAUUUUUUUUUUAAAAAAAAAAGUUGUAGAAAUCCUAGUGUGUUUGACAGCAAUCAUGUUUCACAAAUGUCUUAAAGUGAGCUUCUUCUUCUUUUUUUUUACAAACCUACAUGUAGCUAAAAGACAAAGAAAAACAAUACAACUGCAUCUACGCAAGACUGCCAGACGUUGCUUAUUUAUAUCCAGUCUUGAUUACGUUUGUCUUUAUUGUUCUCGGGUUUUUUGGCUGUAGGAAACCGAUUUGACACGGCACAGUAUGUGCUGUGCCUUGUUCUGCCACUUUAUGUAUAAAUGUGUUUUUGUUUUAAUUGAGAACUAGCAGAAUCCCUGUUAGGGUGCUGGGCAGUAUGUGGGGAGAGGAGGGCUUGUACCCCAGUGCUCUCACCGAAAUUCAUUCGGUGAUGGGCGUUUUUGGAGCGCACGAACUUUUUCUUAAGACAGCACUUUACAUUCCCCAUAGAAGUGAAUUAUCAACCGUUGACUUAGACAUACAUAGAGGGAGAAAGUAAAGCUGUAUCUCUUGGGAUUCUACUGGUAUGUGAACUAAACCUGCCCUCUGCUUUUGUACCCCAGUGAACUGAGCAGUUCAGAGGGCAAGUAUACCUUUAUCCGUCCAGUCCCAGAUUGCGUCAAUGUCGCGUGCAACACAAAUCCUUAGAAACUGGCUACAUAACAGUUAGGUUCAUUUCCAGUCCGAACCCGAGGAUUGAUCCUAGCACAAAAAGGUGCAAAGGCACCUUUCUAAAAAACAUCAGCCAGGUGGAAAGACCUUAUUCCUAUGGAUGAAACAGUGGUGCGAAAUCUUAGUGGACAAAUGAAUAAAAGUGUCCUUUAACUUUUUUCAAUUCUUUUUCCCAUUUGCACAUGUGAGUGUUAGAUGUGGGGCCUUCGGCAUUUUUUUGUGGAGUUCCCAGAGAUGAAUUAUGUUUAGACUGGAGGCUUUAAUUUUGUAAUGAUUAUUUUUUUUGUACGUGGACUGUUCCUUCAGGGAAUUUGAAUAGAGGCUUCUCUAAAGUGUCCUUUAGUAACUUAGGCCUAGAGCUUAGAGGAGAAUGUGUGCGUUUCGGGCCAAAUGCACUUAAUUUUAAGUUAGAACUGUAAAAAGCAAGUGGGAUGUUCUGCAUGUCUGAGUAAUAGUGCCACUCGUAAAAAACUUCUCAAUAUUAACUCUGUCCUAGGCUAUAACUUACCCCAUCAAACUGCUAUUUUCAAUAGGCCUUCAAUAGUAACGGAUCAUUUGGUGUUUCUGGUGAACUGGUGUUUCUGGUGAACUGAAUCUUUAGUCAUUGUAUCUUCACCAAGUGUUUUAGACAAAACAGCAGCUGCUAAAUUUCAUUUCUUCCUACCGAUAAUUUAUUAAGAGUGUGAGCUACCUGCUACUUAUUUGUACAUAGUCCAUAAUGUGGAUUUUUAAGUUGAUGUGUUGACAUCAAAAUAUCUGCAAACCUUUUGAGUUUUCCUCAUUAAUUCAGGGAUUAUUGAAAGAUUCCCUUGCCAUUAGAAAGGAGCAUCUGAAUGGUGGUAGAGUCUACCUCAGAUAUAGGUUGCCCUUUUAUAUAUUUUUUGUUCUUCAUCAUAGCCAUAAGCCUGUUGGACAAUAGCAAAAAAGGUUUACAUGUUAGUAGCUAAAUUUGGAGACUUGUCUUUUGGAGAGAGCUUACCAAUUAUGAGUUAAUAUCUUCAUAUCACAACAACAAAAGCCCUUUUUUUGGACAAGCAUUCCUGUAUGUGGUUGAGGCGUUCCUUGAGGAGAGGGUAUCAAAUGAGCUGGCACAAUAACAGGGUUAAUUUCUAAUCAGGAUCUUCCUAAACCUGCUGUCUUGUGCUUCUUUCGGCGUAGUUAUUUAUAGCAGGUUCAUAGAGAUCCCAGGGAAACCCUAUAGUUAGGACAACAGAGGAAACAUUCUAUGAAUGCAUAACCGUACAUCCAGAUUUUAUAAGACUUUUUACCAGCCCAAUUUACAGCCAUAUAUUUUCUUAUGAUGUAAUUUAUGAAAAGUGUAAUAAGGGGUGCUGCAACACGACCGUUGUUGGGUUUUACUGUCUGGUAAUUUUAAGUGUGUACAAUAUUCCUAAGGGCAACUGUGUACUGUGAUGUAGAAGUCUGAGCUCAAAGUGUAUAUAUAAUCCUUGUAUAUAAAAUUGUGUACCUAAUUAUAAUUGCUGAUUGUAAAGAUUUAAUAAAAUAUGUAAAUAUUCUGGUCAAA